UGUACAUAUGUUGAUUCAAAGUAUUGAGAAGCAGGACAACUUACUUCAUCUAGCUGUCAGCAUAAGCAAACCACAGAAUUAGAAUCCCCAGAAGCUGGAUUGAUCUGUUCGCCUCAGUCAGAGGGGGAUCUACGUGAGACUUCUAUCAGCUAGGUCCAGUGGGGCCCCGAUGAUUUGCUCUGCUCCUGGGCCAUGGUACAUCAGAGUUUAAAAUCUGCAAAAUGAGCAUAACUCCAUCCGCCACCCUGGAAAGCCCUCUGACUUCCACCUGGGGACCUAUUAACCCUUAUCAUGAUGGUCCACUGGUGAUGUCUGGUUAUGCAAGUCGCCUGUGGCCCCAUGACUCCCAGCCUCAGUUCUGGAGCAAGUACCAGGUGUGGGACUGGCUGCAGCAGGUCAUGGAUAUCCACCAGAUUGAUGCCUCCAGCCUUCCCUUUCAAAACUUUGAUAUGGAUGGCCAUCAGCUUUGCAGCCUGAACUACCAUGAUUUCAUCCGUGCUGCUGGCAGCGUGGGACACAUUCUUUACAACAGCAUCACAGAGCUCAAAUCAGGCGGCCAGUACCAUUUGGAUAUUGGGCAGCUGGAGCUCAAACAUGAAACAGACGUAUGUCCAUUUCCAGAUGUUAGCUAUCCACCUGGAGAGAUCUAUGAUCCUUCAGUUCAAUCACUUGCUCCCAAUAUCUCCCCAACCCCUUCUAGUCCUGAAAUUAAACAGUCUUUUAGCCGAGGUCAUCAGGUCAAAAAACACAACCCAAGAGGGACCCACUUGUGGGAGUUCAUCAGGGACAUUCUUCUGAACCCAGAGCGAAACCCUGGCCUGAUCAAGUGGGAAGAUCGUACAGAGGGGGUGUUCCGUUUCCUGAAGUCUGAGGCUGUGGCUCAGUUAUGGGGAAAGAAGAAGAAUAACAGUAGCAUGACCUAUGAGAAACUAAGUCGUGCAAUGAGAUAUUAUUACAAGAGAGAAAUCCUAGAGCGAGUAGAUGGGCGCAGACUGGUUUACAAGUUUGGAAGGAAUGCAAGAGGCUGGAGGGAGGCAGAGAAGUGAUAAUUUCAUUAAUUUAUACUUUCCAUGCUAUUGUGCAUAAAUGUAACAUUUGAAUGUGGUUUUCAUUUACCUUUUUUAAAAUAUAGCUGUGUUCAAGCUGUUUACAAGUGUUUUCUAUUUUUUUUGCUUUUUCUUUUUACGUCCCUCUUUACAUUGAUACUGCACUCAGAACUUUUGCGGACUGUGCCUUAUUGGAAGUCAGGCGUCAAAAGGUGUGUUUACAUAAGAUUUUGCAGAUGACAAGUUAAACAAAAGCACUAAAAAAGGUAACAAACACAGUGAAGCUUGUUUUUUUCUUUUUUUAUGAAAGCAUUUAUAAAAUCCCCAUUGGAACACAUGUUGAUACGGCUGUCAAAGCACAUGUGACUAACAGGUGGAUGUUACAUGCUUUGACACUGAUACUGUGAAGUCUCCUUUUGGAAGUACCCUUGAUCAUUUAAUAAAGAUAAAACUACAUGAAAUUAAAUAAAAUCCAGAAGAAAGUGCAGUAAGGACAUACAAGGUAAAAUAUUAAUAUUUCCAGGGAAUUUAAAGCUUGCUUUGUUUCAUUACAUGCUUUGCUUUUAAGUUGUAAAGAAGGUGUAUGUGUUUGUUGUAGUAUGAUACAAAUAAAGUUUGUAAUUGUUUUUAUUUCAUCUAAGUCAUUUUUAGGAGUUCAAUGUACAGUUAAAUAUAAGAGAACAUUUGUAACCAAUCAGUCAAAGAAAUAAUGAUAUAACCAGCAAGGCAUCAUGCAAAUUGUAGCAAUUUUUAAGAAAACAUUAAUAAUAUUGUCAACUGGCCGUAGUUAACAGCAACAGUUGCAAAUCUUUUUCCUACUGAAUCUGUUACAAGCUCAUCUCUGAAAAGCCCUGUACUCAUAGAUAGUGCAGGUCCCUUUGUUUAAUCCAGACACUAUGAAAUGCCACGUGGUUAAUUGUUUGCCUCUGCGUGCCCAAGCCAGCUCCAGCAGACAGCUGACAAAUGACUGGUCCUUGAUUGGCUUCCAGAUAAAAGCAGUGACAGUAAAAGGCUUCUUUCUUUGGCCUGAGUUCACAAGCAAAUUCAUGUCUAAUCUCCUCCUGAACUUAUCUGGCAUUUUUGACCCUUCUUUACAUAGUGUAACAUUCAUUGACACUUCAGUGUGUCAUUAUGUUAACUGUUGGUUUUAUAGUUGUUCUGGUGCAUUUAUUUAAUGUUAACUCUUUUGUCUAAUAUUUCAUACACUUACAUUAUGAUAUUGCUAGUUGAAGGAACAUGUAAUGUCAUUAUUGAGAAUAAAACAUUGUUUUCUAUGAUAAAACCAGAUGCAAUUUCUGAAAGACAACCUAACCUGUUUAUCCUGCUGGGGAAAGCAUUUAUUUUUUACACAUUAGCUGUGAUUUUGCAUUUCUUUCACAACGCUGUAAAUUAAAACAAAUUGUAUCCUAAGAGUGAGACGGAGCCUGUGACUGCUUGUGAUUGGAUUGAAAUCAGAGCUGCUGAUUGUCACAUUGUUAAUAUACGUGAAGAAAGCAACUAUUCAAAUUAAAGUCCACAUCCAUCAAAUCACUAUUGUUCAGAUUCCAUGUUGUUUUAUAAAGAUAUUACAUGUUUCAGUUUAUUUAAAACUGCUCUUGCUGUUUUUAUUUUAUUUGUAAUAAGUACAAAAACCUCAAAUUGGUAUACCUGGUGAAGACAUGUAAAAAUUCUUAAGACUAUUUAAUCUUUCAUUGUAGUAGAUUAGCUCCAUACUACAAUGUAGUUCAUAGUACAUUUAUUCACUGGAUGAAAACAACCACAUGUUUAGAACAUGCAGAACUGCUGUUAAUACGUUGUAUAGAAAUAGGGAAGAACUUAGUCUUCUAUGACAUUUAACAAGUUUAAAGCAUACAGAUAGAUGAAUCUUAGAUCUCAAUCCUCAUCAGAUUUUCUGGAGUCCUGGGUCAUUUCUUAUCUGUCUAUUAAAGAAGUGGUCAUAAAUGCA